UUUAGUAGAUGCACUUUCCACCCACGAGAGAGUAUCGAACGAACUCUGGUGUUGCUCCCGUAUGUUGCAGGAAAACUGUCAUCUUACGCCAAUAUGUUGAGUUUGUCGUUGUUUUUUCAAGUUGUAGCUGCGUCAACCUUUGUGUACCAUGAACUAGAGCAGCCACUUCGGAUACAAGGAGGAGUUGAUAACCAGUUUGUUACCGAUGGUAUUGGAGGACCAGAUUUGUUAGAAGAUGACGUUACUUUGACAACCAAGGACACCGUAUCACCACCAUCACCAAACACACCUCCAGGUCUUCCCAAACAGCCAGCACCAGAAUUCGCCUUUCCCGUGUGGGAUUCAGAUGGAAACCUUUGUCUCUUGGGCAAAUUUUCGGCAACUUUUGCUAUCACUUAUACAAGUCAAGGAGGAGAUCAGACGAUUUCCGUGAAACUACCAGAACAACCCACUACUAAGGGACGAUGUGGAACUUCGGAUCAGGAUCCUGUUUUGGAGCUCUCAUGGCCAGGUUUCCGCUUCAGUAUGAUAUUUACUAAGACUCUACCCACGGAGAAAGACGGUAUACCAUCAUGGUCGGUAAUAUCCUUGGAGCUUUUAUACAACACAGCAGGACCACUGUUUCCUGGAGCCACUAAUGGUGGCAAGAAGACAGCACGAAGUGCAGACAACACAACACUUUUUGAAACACCCUUUGGGAAGUCCUACUUCUGCCCAUCUCCAGAGGUCAUUCCAUUGUAUGACUCCAAAAGAAACAAAGUAACCAUCGUUAGGCUUCACGAUGUACAACUGCAACCGUAUGACGUGAAAAAUGGAGUAUUUUCUGCCGUUCAACGAUGCAGCCAGGUUAAGAUUGGUGGAAUGGUGGAGCCAUUUUCCCAAGAUGAGACUGUACCCAUUGCCGUAGGAAGCACCUUAGCAGUUAUGGCUAUUCUGGUGGUACUUGGUUACGCCAUCUACAGGUCGGUGAUGGUGAGAAGAGUAGAUUAUACCACAAUGGAAUAAAUGAAUUAUCCCGUAACGUAAUAGGUGUCUAUUUAUAUUGCAGAAUAGUUAACAAUCUAAGUGUUUUAUCUAUUACAUAGAGGCUACUAAUAUUGUAAUACUCUACAGAUGUAAAACUGUCUGACCUCUUUAACCUAAUACUGUAAUGAUCUAAUAAGACAAAGUUCAUUGUUCAAAUAUCACUGUAAACUGUUUGAUUUCGUCGUUAUGAUACCACUUGAGUAAGGAAGCACAUCUGGUAAUUUGAUAAUAGGAAGUCAAUCAACGAGUUAUACGUAUAAGGAAAAGUUUUACUGGUCGUGAAACAUACUACAUGUUUCGACAGAACAUUGAUCUGUCUUCUUCAGGUAUGAUCAGUAAGUAAUACAAGGUUUAGAUAUUUUUAGUCUUUGUAACAAUAUCUAAACCUUGUAUUGCUUAGUACUGAUAAUACCUGAACAUGUAGUAUGUUCCACCAUCAACAAAACAUUUCCUUAAGUUUAUAAAUCGUUGUUUGCCUACCUAUUGUUACAAUACCAGUGUAAGGCUGUAUCAAGACAACCAGUUUGAUUUCAUUGUUAAAAUAAUUGUAAUGUUUUAGACAGAAUGCUUUUUGGAUCUUAUUAUUCAAGAAACACUGAAUGUUAAUUCGUGAUAAAACUAAUGGAUUUCUUGUGCACAAGAACACUAUUUUAAUCUGUAUGAAUAACAAGGUUAGUUAUCCAGCAUAACUUUUAAAAUAACAGUGUAAUGUUUUACCGAGAUAAAGUUUUCUCAUUUCGUUUUCAAAUAAUGUUACAUCAACACAAGGUUGAUGUUGUUGUAAAGACUUCAUUAAACCUGUUAUUCCCUAAGCGUUUCAAAACUAUAAAUACAUCUUUGUACACUUGUAAAUUGAUAAUCCUUGAUCACCUUUAACUACACUGACAUUUUACAAUAUGGUUAGUUGUCAGUUUCCAAAUUACAAUGACAAUGCUGUACCUGCCAUCUUUUUAUCUUCUGCCUGAUCAACAGAUGCUAACACUAGAUGUUAAAGCUCAGUCUGUACCU